UCCAAAUAUUUGCAACUUGUUGAAUGACUGGCCGAGCUGUCAAACGCAAAUGAAUGAUUCUUUAUUCUCCUCUGCUGGCCCGGCGACCGACCGGCAAUUUAGAAGCGCAAUUCUUGGGUUCAAUGACUGCGGGUGGAGGUUUUUGCUUUCAUCCGCAACCUAUCGCACGAGAGCAAAAUGUGUUUUUGACGCACAAUUGGCAAUUGUUUAUUUUGCGUGCAGGUUUCCAGUACAAUUGACCUCGAUUGGCAACCUAAUGUCACGUAACGCGGAUAGAUCUUAAUUCCCUUGAAAUCCUCCUAACGACAGGUUGCCAUAUGUGAGGGCGCAGUGCAGGCCAGCUGUCCACCGGCUGUAGCCGGGCUCCAACAUUUUAAAGGGUAGGAAAAAAGGCAACAAAACCUCCAGAAUUUCUCAUUCGACCAAUAAUGUUUCUCCAGUUGCUCUCUGACGCCAAGGGUGACAGUCUAUUGAUAGAAAACGAAAUUAGUUUGACUGAUUUAGCAGCCAGUAGGAGCAACGGGCCACACUAAAGACAAAAGCAAAUGAUACGACGAGUUGGAGUUUGCGAAGUUGUAAUCUUUCACGACGAGAAGAAAUAUGAAUAUGAGGGUAGUCAUAAUUCGGUGAGUAAUAACGUCGAUAUCACGAACGAAUAGAUCCAAUGCUACAGUUUGCGAAUGUUUGAACGUCUCUGGAGAAAGAACUACACGUACUGAUAUUGCCCUUUUAUUGGGCUCAUUGAUAUUGAAAAAAUGUAAUCUCGGAACCUCGUUAACAGUCGUUUCUGGAGAAGGACAGCAGCAGUUGGAUUCCGACUCAUCAAAACUGUGACUUGUUUCACCAAACCCUAUUUGCUACUACAUGUUUUUUUGUUCUUUCUUGUCAUGGAGUUUGUCUAUUUCUCUUUUAUCUUGCAAGACCUUCUUCUUUCCUUCCAGCGUGGCCCCGAUCGUUUGUGAUGUACAAUACUUUCUUAACUAAAGAAAGUUUAUAUGUUGGUACAAAGUAGGCUUUCGCACUUACAGCUUGCCUAAUCUGCCGAGAGCCGGCAACGUCGGGUGUGCAUUUCCUGAACCGUUGUCACUGGGCCAAAUAUAAGAGGCGGCAUUUGCUACUUUGUCAAUGAUGUGAUAUAUUCUGUAAUGUUUGAUGAUAAAUGUAUGUCUGUACAAAGCGUGUGGGCUUGCUGCGGUGACCCGUAUCGAGCUUUCCGAUCAUGACUUCAUCCCUCCGAGAUGACUUUUGAAUCACAGCGCUUUGCUCUGCCUCGUCGACACAACUUCCCUGGAAAGGUGCAGAUGAACUCUCCUGGAAGGAGAGAGGAGACGUUUCAACCCUUGGAUCUACGAGCGGAGAUGACUUUUGAUAAACUGAUGCAACCAUUGUGAGACACGAUGAACCGCUACACGACCCUGAAGCAGCUGGGUGACGGCACUUACGGCAGCGUGCUGAUGGGGAGAAGCAACGAAUCUGGAGAACUCGUUGCUAUUAAGAGAAUGAAGAGGAAGUUUUAUUCAUGGGACGAAUGUAUGAACCUAAGAGAGGUGAAGUCGCUGAAGAAGCUGAACCAUGCGAAUGUUGUGAAGUUGAAGGAAGUCAUCAGGGAGAACGAUCACCUGUACUUUGUAUUUGAAUACAUGAAGGAGAACCUCUAUCAGCUCAUGAAAGACAGAGAAAAUAAGAUGUUCUCAGAGAAUGAACUUAGGAACAUCAUGUUUCAAGUGUUAGCUGGCUUGGCUUUUGUACAUAAGCAUGGUUUCUUCCACCGAGACAUGAAGCCAGAAAACCUCUUGUGCACGGGCCCAGAACUGGUCAAAAUAGCCGAUUUUGGACUGGCUCGGGAGAUCCGCUCCAAACCUCCCUAUACUGAUUAUGUGUCGACAAGAUGGUACCGAGCGCCAGAGGUUCUGCUCAGGUCAUCUACUUACAGCUCUCCUAUUGACUUGUGGGCUGUGGGAUGCAUCAUGGCAGAACUCUAUACACUCAGGCCUCUUUUCCCUGGGAACAGCGAAGUGGAUGAGAUUUUUAAGAUCUGCCAAGUCCUAGGCACGGUCAAGAAGCUGGAUUGGCCAGAGGGCUACCAACUGGCUUCGGCCAUGAACUUUCGAUUCCCUCAAUGUGUGCCGACCCCCCUGAAGACGCUCAUUCCCAAUGCCGGCAGAGAGGCGAUUUCGCUGAUGAAGGACCUGCUGCGGUGGGAUCCCAAAAAAAGACCCACUGCUGUCCAGGCCCUGCGUUACCCAUACUUCCAGGUUGGACAGGUCUUGGGUCCUCGUCCUCACAGCCAAGAAGCCAAGAAGGUGCAGGCCCGACAUAUAAUAGAGAAGCAGGUCUCAGAUUCUAACGUGCACCCCAAACAGUCCUCUUCGGAAGCCAAGACCUCUAAAUCUCCCCAAGGCACCCAUCAGCAUCAGCCUCUGCAGCAAAUGAUCCUGCCUCAAGCUGCACGUAAACCAGGUGGCAUCAACCAAGUAAAAGAAGCAUCAGUGGGCAAUGAAAACAAAAUUGAUCUAGGCGGACCGGGCAUGGUGAAGAAUGGAAGACGCCGCUGGGGCCAAACAGCAGCAACGACCCCAGAGAGCUGGGAGGAUUCUGAUCAGUCAGACACGGCCGCUUCUCACUUCAAGAAACCUAGUUUGGGGAACUCGGAUGAGGAGAGGAACUCAAAGAAACUUCGGCCACAGGCCACGGAGCAUAAACCUCUGUAUUCCUUCAGGACUAUAACGAAACUACCGAACAAUGUUAAGGUUGGUCCAGUGGACCCCGAUCUCCCAGGAUCUGCAGCACGCCAGCAUUAUCUCAGCCACUCGAGAUACCUGCCUGGUUUGAUCGGCAAGACUCAGGCAACGUCAGGAGAAAAGGUGUUGAGUGGUAUGACGUUACGGGACUUGUGGGAGAACUCCUCGUACGCUGUAAACAAGCCACUUGUUCCCAUUGGAGCGGCAUUAUCUGUCAACAGAGCCAACUCGGGCAAGCGAAUUGACAUCUCGCAUGCACGAUCACCGUCAGAAGUGUCCUGGAAUUGCUGUGCCAGCACAGCGGGGACCGAGGACGCCACCACACCCGGGCGAGAAGGGGGGGCCUACCCGAAGUCAUCAUGGCCCCGCGCACAGGACACCACCCACACCAAGGGACCGAGGGCGGUCCACUAGUCCCACCGAAGUGCCCAUAUUAUUAGUGAUUAUAUCUGGUCCCUGGGCAAAGAUUAGAGAUUUACCAGCUCAUUCUUGCUUAAUCAGUGGCUGGCUAAGUUCUGUAGCGAACAGGGACUGCCGAGGAUGGAUGGCAACCACCCUAAACAUAGAUACAGUUGAAACCAGAUGUUUACAUACGAUACAAUUACAUAAAAAGACAUACAAAAAUUGUCUUCUCACAGUCUGGAAUAAGUCAAAUUAAACUGUUCCUGGUUAGUUUUUAUUUGCUAAAUGCCAGAAUUAUGACAGAAGGAUUUUUAGGGCAAUUUUUCAUUUCCUUUUUCAAAGUCAGAGGUUUACAUAGAGUAAGAUUAGUAUGCCUUAAAACAAUUUGGGAAAACCAAGAUGAUUAUGUCAUUUCUUUGGAAGCUUCUGAUAGGGUUAUUGAUAAAUUAAUGAGAUUAAUUACAGACACAUCUGUGGACGUAUUAGAACUAGGCACAGUUGAAACAUCCUGCUUUUUUGUGAAACAUCGUGGGAAAGUCAAAAGAAAUCCGACAAGAUCUCAGGAAGAGAAUUGUGGACUUGCAUAAGUCUGGUCCGGAAUGUGCAAAUCGAACCCGAGAACAAAAGGGAAAAAAAAGCCUUGUGAAGAUCAUUAUCCACAGCGAAACGAGUACUGUGCCGGCAUGGAAAGAAGAAGCCAUUAGUCCAAAAUGGGGUUGGGUAAAGCCAGAUUAUACUUUGUAAAUGCACACAGGGACAAAGACCUUGAUUUUAGGAGACAUCUCCUGUGGUCUGAGAAAACUAAAAUUGAACGUGAAAAAAAAAAAAAUUGAAGGUGUAGAACCAUCUCAAGGA